AUGCGCAAACAUGUCAAGCUUUUUUGGUUCAGUGCUUGCUUCUUCGUGUACAGUCUUGUCUUCCUUCGAGUGAUUGCUGUUCAUGCCUUCCAACCAUCCUCAUCCACAACAAUAUUUUCAUCUCCUUGUCCCAUCAAUACAUUCAAUUCGUUACAAAUUCUUAAUAAUGAUUCAACAACAACCUCAACAACAACCUCAACAACAACCUCAACAACAACCAUCACUUCUUCUUCAUCACUCGUCCAAUGUGUUCCUCUUUCCUUACAUCCUCUCUUUGGGAAACCUUGUGAACUCUUUUUAGAAUUUCAAAACAUUAAUUCCGACAACAACGACCAUCAAAUGUCCACGACGACCUUGGUGGUGAAGGAUCCUUGUCAAGUCUUAGAUCCACCCAAUUUACCAGUGCUUUCGUGUUACAUGCAUCGAUGUGUGCCGUGCGUUCCAAAUUCCAUGGAUGUCACCACUGGAUUGUAUUGCAAGGUCAAUAAGAACAACAUCAAUGAUCCAACCAAGAUGAAUUUGGAAUUUAAACAAAUUUCCUAUUAUAUGGGUUGGGAAUAUUUGGAUCGAAUCUUGUUGUUGUGGAUGAUCUUUUUGGGGUUAUUGGUGUUAUAUUUUGUCGUGUAUAUGAUUGUGAAUUAUAACAAGUAUAAUAAUCGAGAGUUUAAAAGACAAUAUGAAAUGUAUGUCUAUGAAUUCAUUGUAAAAAAGAUUAAUCAGUAUUGA